UUAUAUCUAGCGACUAAAUUUAUACGCGCGGUGCGUUGUGUUUUGAUAAUCGAGACUUAACAGGAAACCUCAGACGAACGUUAACAAGUUUUUAAGGUGUAAAAUGGAUAACGAGGAUAUUUUAGUGGAUGACGGCGACCCUGACCUUGAGACUAGAAGAAAACUUAUAGAAUUAUAUAAAGUUAUAGUUAAUCAACCAAAUAAUCAACUAGAGAUUCUAUAUAAACACAGAGAUAUACUUGAUAUACCUAUAACAGUUGAAUGUAAAUUGGACUGUAUGUGUAUACCCCUAUUUGAAAUGCAUCCGGGUCACAACCAUGAUAUUGAGUCAGACCACUACAAAAUGGUGUAUUCCUGGAUGGAAACAGGUCUCUGCAGAUGUCAUUCCAAUGGUCAACAUUUCGAAAAGAAGAAAUGUCAGAAAAAAUUAAUUCAUGUCGCUGCAGUGGUACGAAACAUUCCAGUUGUAGAGUAUUGGGUACAUUGUGGUCUGUCUUUAGAUGAAGAAACCACAUGGUCUUAUUACACGCCUUUAUUUUUAUCUGUGGUGAUCAAUAGUACAGAAGUUCUAAAAUAUGUGAUACAAAAUGGCGCCGAUGUUAACGUCGACUCACGGUCUGAAAGUUACACGCCAUUAAUGGAAGCCAUAGUAACGAGAAAGAAAGAAAUCGUCCAGAUAUUGUUGGAUAAUCCCAAACUUGACGUUAACCUUGUCAAUUGUCGAAACGAAACGGCUCUCACUAUGGUUGUAAAAAUGAGACAAAAAGAAUUUCUUCCCUUGCUAAUAGCUCGUGGAGCUGAUCCUAACCACGUGGACUGUACAGGUUUCACCCCACUGAUUCACGCUGUACUGGAAGAAGAUGACGAAUUGUUAAAACAGUUGCUAGAACAUGGUGCUGAUAUUAAUAAAACUGACAAAAGAACUAGAGGUAAAUCACCGUUACACAUUGCUGUCCUUAAUGAAUUUUCUUGUAUUGUGAAAGUGUUGCUGGAAAACGGUGCUAACCCUAAUGUAGUCGCAUCGGAUGGUUAUAGUCCGUUACUAAUAGCAACAGACAGCGGAUCAGAUGACAUGCGCGAUGUAAUAAAGCUGCUGCUAGAAAAUGAUGCUGAUGUCAACCAUACUAAUGAACAGGGCUAUGCAGCCAUACAUAACGCUGCAUGGAAUGGAUUUCUACCGUCUGUCAAUUUACUGUUGGAACAUGGCUCUCCUCACGACCUGCGUACUUUAGACAAGAACACGCCUCUGACCCUGGCAGCUCAAAGAAAACAUCCUGACAUCAUCGAUCGUCUGCUGCCAUUAAACUGUGACCUAAAUAACAAGGAUAGAGAUUUGGAUACCGCUCUCCAUUACGCCGCAAUGAAUGACGAUUGUAGCACUAUACGACGUUUAUUACGUCACGGUGCUGAUCCGGAUGUGCAGAAUCGCGUGUGUUCUACGCCAUUGUGGAACGCCGUUCACGCGGGGUCAGUUGAAAUAGUAAAAAUUCUCUUGAAACAUAAUGUUACUUUAGAAGUUGCUUCUGUUGGACUUCAUCCGUAUGACAACGAUGAGGUAUUGUAUUCAGAACCAAAAACUCCCAUGCAAAUCAUCGGUGAGAAAUGUUUGAUUGAGUUGGGCAGGAUGUUGAUUGAAUCGGGAUACAAUAUGGCGAAGGAAAGCUGGCUGUUAGAUUCAAUGGUUAUACCAAAAGGACUGGAAUCCAACGAAGCCUUCCGACAGUAUCUGAUUGAAGCCUACAGUACACCCCAGUCUUUGUUACUCCAGAGUAGAAAUUUCUUCAGAAAAUUGUUCGGUAAACACGUGACCGUAAAAACUGAAGCCCUAAAUAUUCCUGUUCCUCUUAAAUCCUAUAUAACGCUGAAACAUUUGUGAGCGUAUUGUGACGUAGGAAUUUGUCUUUUUAUACACCCACAUGGAAAUGUAGUCGUCUAUUGCUGUCGCCCCCGUCGGUCCGUCUGUCGGUCGGCCGGUCCGUCCGUCGUCCAAAAUUUCUUGUGAACACACUAUAGACGACAUUCAUCAUCUGAUUGCUUUGAAAUUAUUUACAUGAGUGAGAUGACGAAGCCAAUUUAAUUUCAAUAGUUUACGUUAAUUUCUUCUGAAUUAUGACGUUCGAUCCCUGCAUUGGCCGAGAAUGUUCAUCCAGAUAUUCCGGCGUGGUUCUCCCUUGUCAGUGAUGCAGGACGGAGGGGCUGACAAGGAAAACUGUCUAGUCGUUCGGAUGGGACGAAAACCCGAGGUCCCGUUUAGACAUUGGCGUGCACGUAAAAGAUCCCUUGACAGUUGGAAUUCGAUAUAAAAGUAGGCCGUAGUGCCGCUGUCCGGGCAAAAUUUCCCUCAUAGCACACUGUAUGGCGUAUGCCCGUCUUCAUUAGCCCAGUUCGGAGCAAAACAGUUGAACGUCAAACCCCUUUUCAUUUCAUUUGGAAUUAUCGCCCUUGUUUAAAUUUGAUGCUCCUUGUGGAUGCUCUAACUAACGACACAAGUUAUCAUUGGAGAUGUAUGAAAUCUAUAUGCAUCAUUUAAUUUAGUGAAGUGAAAUGAAGGAACCUGUAGAAUUUCAGCAAUUGCUGUUAAUUAUGCCAAGGGUUAUGGCCCUUGUGUCACUUUGUAAACGCUCUACCGACAAAAGUUAUCUUCCGAUCAGUAUGGAAUUUAUAUGCAUCAUUUAAAUUAGUAAAACGAAGACGCCUAUUGAAUUUCAGCAAUUUCCGUUAAUUACUUCUAGAGCUGUUAUAGUAUACAGAUAUUACGUUCUGAUCUUUAGUCAUACAUGUCUUAUCAAAUCUCACCGAAAAGUCCUUUUUCCUGCACAGUUCAUUCACAUUAUAAUUAUUAAACAUUUAAUGGUUUUCAAGAUCUCUUAUUUAACUUUUAUAUAGUUAGAGUCGAAACAUUAAUUGCGGUUUCCUGCAAUGUUAUGUUCAGACCAAGUUUAGAAAGUUACUUAACACUGAUGAUAAGGGUUAGUCGCGUUAGGGUAUAUAUGGGAGUGAGUCCCGUCUCUCUUUACUCACUCACACUGUAUAUACCAGCACCCGAAAUAAACGUCAGUGUUCCUAAAAGUAUUAUUUUCCUCUAGGUAAGUCUAAACUACACUAUGUCUAUUUUGAUAUUUUAAUUGUCUUAUUGUAAUAUUUUAAUUGUCUUAUAUUUUAUGUAUAUUACUACAUAUUGAGGAGCGUACGCCCGUCUUCAUUAGCCCAGGUUAGGAGCAGAAAAGUAGGACGUUAAACUUCAUUUCAUUUCAUUUCAUUUUACAUAUUGAGGAGCAAAUAGAAUAGCCUCUAAUAAUGAGCAUACAAUGUUGGUACAUUUGAAAGACCACAUAAUUAGAGUAUGCGUUAAUAAUGAAAUCUUUGUUUCGUUAAUAAUAUCCACGAGCGUAUUGAGUGACAUAUAAACGAUGUACAAUGUUCAAAGUAGAACUCUACAUCUCACCCAGCUCUAAUGGAUUAUAUAGAUUACAUCUAGAAUUAAUAAUGUAAAUAUUCUGCAAAUAUUACACGCACGCAUGCAUGCUCCAUAUAAAGGACAUCGCAUGCACAUGCGCUACGUAUGGUAUCCUUAACGUUCACUUUAUUACAUAAAGUACGUUAGCUUUAUUACAUAAAGCAUAAAAAUAUAUAAUGAUAUAUCAGUCGACAUUUUAUAUUUCUUAUUGUUAUAGUAAUAUGUAUUUUGUAUUUUCUUUAUUCAUUAUUAUGCAUUUAAUAUUAUUAUAAGACUCACUCACAUUGUAUAUACCAGCACCCGAAAUAAACGUCAGUCUUCCUAAAAAUAUUAUUUUCCUCUAGUUUGUAGACGCUCCAGUACCACGGUCACCCCCUAACGACAAAGCCUCGUCGUAUAUUUAGUAUUGCUGUGGGACAAGGGUUUCCAGUUGCACAUUAUCGGAAGACGCCCCUAGGCUAUACAAUCUUCCCGAGGCGCAUUAUUUCCAACGGAUUAUCAAGGUAUCCUCGAGUAAGGACGAUAGAUAAUCGGAGAUAAGGAAAGAACCCGUUCCCAGAGCUAUGACCCUUGUUUCACUUUCAAUUAGUGAAACGAAGCAACACACUGAAAAGAAACAAUUUAUAAUAUUUAAGCAUUCAUUCUGUCAAAGACAUCUCUAGAGAAGAGAGGGCAUACUGAAUUUCAGAUCCAAGAGGAGAAUACAUACAAAUAUU